UGGCUGACAUUGACGUCGCUGGCUCUGUAGCUAGCAUGUUGUGCCUAUUGCUGUUGCAGGCGGGAGUAUUUAUUUCGCAUUUAAACAAAUCGUGUCAGUAUCCUCUGCUCAUUUAGUGUUAUUACAUGUGUGGCCAACUUGUUCCUAUUUUUGUGUAGGUGAGCAUCAUUGGGGAUUCGAACUCCAGCUGUUUUUCAGUUGCAAACCAGCUGAUCAUCUCAGCGAGAGCAUCAGCUUACAUGGUGGGGUGAGGACACCAGUGUUUCUUUUACUGCCAUCUCCCCUCUGGAUUGGGUAGCAUAGAUAUUUUUCACCCUAGUCCGGCAGCUUGGCUGCUCACCUAAAUCCAGAUGAAUGAAGACCCCAUUCGGGAAGACAGCGGGCCAGAGAUCCAGAGCUGAUGCAGGGCAUGCAGGUGUUUCUGCAGGUAUGAUGAAGAAGAAAAAUUCUCACAAGAAGCACAAGAACAAUGUUGGCCCCAGUAAGCCAGUGUCCCAGCCCAGACGGAAUAUUGUGGGCUGCAGGAUACAGCACAACUGGAAGGAGGGCACCAGUCCAGCCACUCAGUGGAAAGGGACGGUUCUUGACCAGGUUCCCGUGAACCCCUCCCUUUACUUAAUAAAGUAUGAUGGUUUUGACUGUGUUUACGGGCUGGAGCUUCACAAAGAUGAACGGGUGCAAGGUCUUGAAGUUUUACCGGACCGAAUCGCUUCUUCCCGGAUCAGUGAUGCCCAUCUGGCAGAUACCAUGAUUGGCAAGGCAGUAGAGCACAUGUUUGAGACGGAAGAUGGGUCCAAGGACGAAUGGAGGGGGAUGGUUUUAGCACGUGCACCUAUUAUGAACACAUGGUUUUAUAUCACUUAUGAAAAGGAUCCCGUUUUAUACAUGUAUCAGCUAUUAGAUGAUUAUAAAGAAGGUGACCUCCGGAUAAUGCCUGAUUCAAAUGAUUCUCCUCCUGCUGAACGCGAGCCAGGAGAGGUGGUGGACAGCUUGGUGGGCAAACAGGUGGAGUACGCAAAAGAAGACGGCUCCAAAAGAACUGGCAUGGUUAUCCAUCAGGUUGAGGCCAAACCAUCAGUGUAUUUCAUCAAGUUUGAUGACGACUUCCACAUCUACGUCUAUGAUUUGGUAAAAACGUCCUAGGUGCGUUGCUCAGAGAGUGGUGGAAAACAAGCGUGUUAUCUACAGACCUUUGGCAAAUCUUCUGAACGCUUCUCUUGACAACCUGAGGCAAGAUGGAUAUUUCCUUUGCAGGCUCUCACUGAAGCCCAUGGUUUCCUGGGAGCUCUUGAACCUCGCAAAAAAAAAAAACAAACGCAUUUCUGUUUAUUAUUUCCACAAGAAGGGACAUCUCUGCACAGCCUGACAUCGUUAAAGACUUGUUGCAAGAAUUAACAGGAGGAUGCAAACGUAAAUUCUGCCCCACUCUGAAGCUGAAUCUUUAGGAUAGGUCACCACUUUCACCGGCAAGAAAAAUGAUUUAUAAAAUUAAAUGGUAAUGCACACUGCAUUGAAUGAGUUGUUUUCAUUUGAAAAUCUGGCAUCAGAACAUAAAUAUCCAGUAAAAACAUAUUGAAAUCGAAACAUCGGUAAAAACAUAUUAACAUUAAUGCACUUGAAUGGCAAAACAGGGAAGGGCAUUUUUUUUUUGUAAAAACACAUGAUUUCUUCAGACAGUACUACACGUCAUGUGGCAAGCCUUAAAUAGAAAACAGUUUUGGGGAAACUUGUCAGUUUUGAUCUUGAAUAUAUGAGAAGUUAAUUCUGUUGUAGUUUCCUUCGGUUCAAUGCAAAUUUUGUUUGCUUGCUUAAGGAAAAGAAUUUAAUAUUCAUUCUGCUUCUUUGCAGUUGCAUCUUAAGUGUUAAGUACGUUCCAUGGAUAAAAGCAAGAUAUUUUACAAACUACAUUUCUAUGUUUAAUUUGAUAGAUUAAACACCAGCACCGACUGUAGUUUUUUUUUACUGAAUUGUGGGAUUUCUUCCAUAGCCAUUGUGCUCCCACUUUGUUUCAAGUUCGAACAACAUUGUUCAUUUCUGUUCAACAGUUAAUAUUUUAGGUCUUGCUGUUUGGAAAUGAGAGAUUCUGUUAUUGUUUGGUCCACGUUUCUGUGCUAUAUCAUCCCAAAGUGUUAAUUUAUUAAAUUUGCAUCAGGUGCAUACCCUGCCCCAGCAAGUGUAAGCAUUUUUUGUAUAAAAUACCACUUAAAACACAUUUUAUACAAUUCAUAUAAUUUCAUAAUGGACACGUGUCAUACACGAAUGACACAAAAAUAUUUCAACAUAUAAACAAUUGCCAGUGUUUUGUUAAAUACACCCUUUUCCUUCCAGAAUAUGCAGCAAAAGAUACUGGUUGUCAUGAGAUAGUAACAGGUCAAUGACACCUUUUUGGAAGAUUUUAAAAUUCUGUUCUGUUAAGAAUUGCCAUGUUACUUGGCUGAGCCUACAAGCACGUGCCUCAUUUAAACUGUUGAAAGAUACUCAAUGUUAGAAUACUCAAAUGGAAUUUCUGUGCUUUCAACCACAGCUACAUUUACUGCAUCCAAGACGGGCAAAAAGGCUUUUCGUAGGAAUCUUAGAGAGGUUUCUGGAGUAAUGUAAAGCACUAAAGACCAGAGUAUAAAUGUUAUUCAUUAUGUUAAUGGACAGUGUUUUCUGUGAAUUCAACCUCUGCACACCUCAUUAAUAUCCUGCUUUUCCUCAGUGAUGAAAAAGUAGUGUUUUAUAUAAAGUUAAACCUGAGCCUCUGGUGAUGGUCAUACUGAGAAUAUUCUUGAACAGGUGAGCUGUCAAUAGUUUUGGACAACAGCAUCUGCACAUGACUCCUUAGAGCAUGGAUCUGCAUCCCUGCAUAACUAAAUAAAACGGGUGGCCAUGCUAUAUCAUCAGCACCCGCACCGAGGAAAAGCAAUAGCCAAUCAUUUUUUAAAAUGUUUUUAAAAGGGAAGAAAAAUGCGUGCUUGUGUUCAAGUACCCAUGGCUUAAUUUUAACAAAAAAUAGUACCCAUCUUCUCGAGGUUCAGGUUUCCAAGCUUACAGUAUGCACACCUUUAUGUAACCCUGUAACUAAGUAUAAUCCUCUCAUCACAUAAGGGUUAUGUCUUACUCCAAACUGUUUUGGGGCUUUUGAACAUGCAAGACGCAUCCAGAAAAGAAAUGUGUAAGAUAUAUUGGCCUUUGAAAUUUACCUACUGUAGUAUCGUACUGUGUUUGAUGUCAGUUCCAUGUCAGAUGUUUUGGGGAAGUCUUUCUUUUCGUUAUUUUAUUUUUUUAUUUUUUUUUUGCAUGAGUAGAAAUUAAAUAAUGUAAGUUAGUGUAAGUUGCAUGUAAAUCACUUUCCUUUCGUAUGGUUUUUCUCCUAAAGUUUUUUUUUUUUUUUUUUUUUUAAAACAUGUUCUUUUUGUAUAUUAAUUGUGAAGUUCAUUUUAUUUUGCUUUGCUUUUUUAUUAUCGCUGUUUAGGAACAAAGGCACUGGUAUAAACUCACAUGGCAGGGUACCAGUGUUAUGCAGCAUUUGAGGGAUCAUAUAUCUUACAAAAAAUACUUUAAGUGUGGGUUUGAGUGGGGAGGGGGUCCUUGGAUGACAGACAAAUCAAUUUUAUGUCCUACGCGUGCCAUAACUUUAAGGUAUGUCUAAGAAAAACAGCCUUACAUUAUUGGGGGGAGUUAUCUGUGAGUGAGGUUGUGUGCUUGUGUGUGAAUGUGUGUAUAGUAGCCAUUGUAGUUCCAUAUCAAUAAAUUAUGUACAUUUUUUUUUCUUGGAAGGAGAUUUUUUUUUAAUGCAAUAUGGUCCCUUUGAGAUGCUGUCAGUCGUUUCUUUUGUAUAAUACAGUGCAAUUUGAUGGUUACUGAUUACAUGUAUAGUCAAAGGGUCUUCAUGUUUUCUUGUGUCUAGGUAAAUGGCUUCUAUUUGACUGCUUGUUUUCGGAACAAUGUAGAUAGUUCAUUGUUUGCAUUUAGAGGUAUAAACACUUAAAACGUUACUUAAUUCUGUAAGUAAUUUUUAUAAUUAUGUAAGUCUAUACCUUAUAACAUUAAAAAAAUAAAAACUUAAUGUGAA